AUGUCGGAAGCAAAAAAGCCCAUCGCCAACAUCAAGGCUGUUCUGUUUGACAUGGACGGCCUGCUCAUCGACUCGGAAGGCAUCUACACAAAGGUGGUCAACGACAUCCUCGAGCCGUACGGCAAAGAGCAGACAUGGGAGAUCAAGGCCAACCUCAUGGGCAAGCCAGAGCGUGAGGCGACAUUGACACUGCUCUCCUCGGUAUGGCCACCUACUAAGGAAGGCCAACUCUACAGUCCAGAUUGUCCCUUUGACAUUGACAGCUUCCUGAAAGAUCGCAACGAGGUUCUCCUCAAAGCCUUUGAGCAAGUUCCAAAGAUGACAGGCGCAUCCCGAUUGGUCCAGCACCUUCACAAGCACAACAUCCCCAUCUGCGUGGCGACAGGAAGCAAGCGUAAGAACUACGACAUCAAGACCGCAAGCCAUCCGGAUCUCUUCGGCCCCUUUGCCGACCGUGUUAUUUGCGGCGAUGACACCAGAUUGACACGUGGCAAGCCUCAUCCUGACAUCUUCCUCCUCGCUGCACGCGAAGGUCUGCUCAGCAGCCAUUCCAACGACCACAUUACAAGGGAGAGGCUCGGAGGGCAAUGGACACAGAGCUUGAGGGAGAUGGGAGAGCACUUUGACGAAGCUCACCACUUGAAAGGAGGCGAAUCGAGCAUCUUGGUGUUGGAAGAUGCAAAGCCAGGUGUCCAGGCUGCUAAGGCGGCAGGUAUGCACGUGGUGUGGGUGCCCGACCCGAACCUCCGAGCGCUCUUCCCCAACGAAGAGCUGGGCGCAUCACAGACCAUCAACUCUUUGCUUGAUUUCGACCCAACCGACUGGGGUCUCCCGCCGUUCGACGACAGCGACAAGUAA